UCUAAUAUUGAUCAUUGGUAGUGGCUCUGGGUGGUCGUCUUCAAUUUCCCUUCUUCCCAGACAGAUGUACUGGUCAAAGAGGCAGCUGUUGGCUAAGAGCACUCACUAGGUGCGGCCUUGAGCUUUGAAGGAACCACUUUUGUGGUCAGGAACCGGCGAGACACUGCAGGGUCACCCUGGAAACACCUCUUCCCAGGGACUGGUCGAGAACGGGAAGACCUGGGAACAUAGCCUUUCAGCCUGAGCUCUCACCAACACCUGCUGCCCCAGAGUGGGGAGAAUUCCCUGAGUCUGACUGAGACCCUCCACCAGGCUGGGAGCCUGAGUGUGCCCAGGAUGUCUUCCUCUCCAGAGGAUGUGACCCCAACGCUUCGCAACAUGACAGUAAAUGAGUGUUUUCAGUCCCGGAGCACUGUCCUUCAGGGGCAGCCCUUUGGGGGGAUCCCCACUGUGCUUGUCCUCAACCUCAUCUUAUGGGUGUUUGUUGUGGUGCUCUAUUCCUUCCUUCGGAAAGCUGCAUGGGACUACGGGCGCCUGGCUCUGCUGAUCCACAAUGACAGCCUGACCUCGCUGAUCUAUGGGGAGCAAAGUGAGAAGUCAUCUCCUUCAGAUGUUUCCUUGGAGGCGGAACGCAGGGACAAGGGCUUCUGUUCCUGGUUCUUCAACAGCCUAACCAUGAAGGACCGGGACCUGAUCAGCAAGUGCGGGGAUGAUGCACGCAUCUACAUCAUGUUCCAGUAUCACCUCAUCAUUUAUGUGCUCAUCCUCUGCAUCCCCUCCCUGGGCAUCAUUUUGCCUGUUAACUACAUUGGAACUGUUCUGGAAUGGAAUAGUCACUUUGGCCGGACCACCAUUGUCAAUGUCUCCACAGAGAGUAAGCUACUGUGGCUGCAUGGCCUCUUUGCUCUCAUGUACUUCCUCAUCAACUUCGCCCUCAUGGGCCAUCACUGUUUGGGAUUUGUGCCCAAGAAGAACCUCAAGGACCCCGGUAUACGAUUCUCUGAAGCAUUCCUCCCCUUAGCCCAGACCUAUGUCUCCUCUUUGUUCCAUCUCUGCAGCAUCUGUGAGGAUUACAAGUACAUCCAGUGUGGCAUGAACCCCAAGCAGUCCUCAGUAACGACCAUUGUCAAAAACUACCACUGGAGGGUCGCUCAUGCCCCUCACCCCAAAGACAUCAUCUGGAAACACCUGUCCAUCCGCCGGUUCAAUUGGUGGGCUCGCUUUAUCUCAAUCAACACCUUCCUGUUCUUCCUCUUCUUCUUCCUCACCACGCCCGCCAUCAUCAUCAACACCAUCGACAUGUACAACGUCACCCGCCCCAUCGAGAACUUGCAGAGCCCAGUCAUCACCCAGUUCUUUCCCUCUGUACUGCUCUGGGCCUUCACGGUGAUACUGCCUCUGGUGGUCUACUUCUCCGCCUUCCUAGAGGCCCACUGGACCAGGUCAAGUCAGAAUAUCAUCAUAGUGCACAAAUGCUACAUCUUUCUGGUGUUUAUGGUGGUCAUUCUGCCCUCCAUGGGGCUGACCAGUUUGAAUGUGUUUUUGCGCUGGCUCUUUGACAUCUACUAUCUUGAACAUGCGACCAUCAGGUUCCAGUGCGUAUUCCUUCCAGACAAUGGUGCAUUCUUCGUCAACUACGUGAUCACAGCUGCUCUGCUCGGCACCGGCAUGGAGCUAAUGCGUCUGGGGUCACUCUGCACGUACUGUACUCGCCUCUUCUUUUCCAGAUCAGAGCCGGAGAGAGUCCACAUCAGAAAGAACCAGGCCAUGGACUUCCAGUUUGGGCGAGAAUAUGCGUGGAUGCUGAACGUCUUCAGCGUGGUGAUGGCAUAUAGCAUCACGUGCCCUAUAAUUGUCCCUUUUGGGCUGCUCUAUUUGUGCAUGAAGCAUCUCACAGACCGUUAUAACAUGUACUACUCCUACGCGCCCACCAAACUGAAUGAGCAGAUCCACAUGGCCGCCGUCUACCAGGCCAUCUUCGCACCACUCUUGGGGCUCUUCUGGAUGCUCUUCUUCUCCAUCCUGCGCGUAGGUACCCACACCAUCACUUUCUUCUCCUUGUCCUCCCUCAUAUUCUCCGUGAUGAUUGCCUUUUCUGGGAUUUUUCUGGGGAAGCUCCGGGUUGUCCGUAAGUAUGAGCCUGAGGAAGAAGCCGAGACUGUCUUUGAUGUGGAGCCAAGCAGCACGACCUCCACACCCACCUCCCUUCUGUACGUGGCCACCGUGCUACAGGAGCCGGAGCUGAACCUGACCCCUGCCUCCUCCCCAGCCCGGCACACCUAUGGCACCAUGAACAGCCAGCCAGAAGAGGGAGAAGAGGAGAGCGGUCUGAGGGGCUUUGCGAGGGAGCUGGACUCAGCUCAGUUCCAGGAAGGGCUGGAAUUGGAGGGCCAGAGCCACUGAUUAGGACUCCAGUCAGGGGACCAGGGGAGAGCCUGGUGGAGGGAGACAGGAAGGAGCUCCCUUCCACAGACUUUGAGAAGCUCCUGAUGGAGACAUCUGCCAUCCUGUGGUCGGUCAUGUGAAGAGCCGGGCCUGCUGACCGGCUGGAAAGGGUGGGAUGCUGGGUAAUCAUGAGGACCCAGGGAUGGGGUGGAGGAAGCAUACACCAUGUUUCUGGGAGCAGUGGCUGAAGUCCAGGACACAAGAGACUGAAUGCUGUGUGUCUUGCUGGGGUCCAGCUGGUGAAAGUAUGCAUAAGGGAAGAGGUAGGGCCCACCGAAGGCUUUCUGGGGGCUUCAUCACCCCCACUCCAGCUGCCCAUCAAAGGUGGUCGCUCCUGACCCCAGUCCUCCACUGCAGUCUGAGCAGACAAAGGUAUGUGUACUGGGCCUUGUGGAGGAGGCCCAGGUGGCUGUCUCGUGACAGGUUUCCCUGCAGAGCAUCUAGAAUCUCUGUACCUCACCCCCUGAGCAAGGGGCAGCUGGGACAACCCUGGGAAGAGAUGGACCCUUCCCUGUUUCUCUGCCCUGCUAUCUACUCCUAAGGGUAGUUACUGGGGCAGUGACUCAAGUUCAUUAAAGGAGACCUUCAUGCAUGUGGUGAAGGAAACCAUGGCUAA